AUGGAAAGUUUCUUUGGAGCAAAAAAACGUAGAAAAGAUGAAUAUUUAAAAAAAAAAGAAGAAAAAUAAAAAAAAGCAAUUAAAGAAUUUAAAAAAGAUGCAAAAGAAAAAAGGUUAGAUUAAAUUAAAAGAUAUUAAGAAUUAAUAAAAUAAAACGAUCAAAAAUAAUACGAAAUAAUAAAACUAGAAAAACUUAAAAAAAAAGAAUUGGUAGUAAAUUAAAACGAUUAGAAAAUAUAAAUAUUAACAGAAUUUUUUAAUUUUAUAAUAUAUAUAUUAUAUUAAAUAUUCAAAUAAUCACUAUUAUUAUAAUAAAAAAAUAUUAUAUAAAAAAUGAUUAACUAAAACACUAUAUAAUUUUAAUCCUUUUGGGAUAAAGUUGAAAUAAAAAUUAAAAUUUGGGUUCAUUUAGUAAUGUUUGAAUUAUUAUAGAACUAAACUUGUAAUAAUUUCUUAUACUAUCUUCUUAUGUUUAUAGAAAAUAUAUAAAUUCUCUAUUUUAGUAUAUAUUAUAUAGGAAAUUAAUAUCUAUGGAACACAAAAAUAUUAAAAGCAUUUUAAUAAAUGAUAUAAUUUUUUUAGUUUAACUACUUUUUUUUCACAUCGACAUAUUAAAAUGGAUUAAUAAUUUUAUAUGUAAGUUCUUCUAUUACCUUAAUUUUUUGUAUAUUAUUAAUAAUUACAUCCAAAAAAAUAAUAAAUAAUGAAAAAAAUACAUCAGUAGUUGUUUCUUAUUUAGUUAGUAUUUUAACAUUAUUUGGUUUAUUGAUAAUUAAUAUUCUUACUCUGCCUAUUAUUAAUACUUAUAUUGUAUAUAUAAUAUGUAAUAAUGAUUUAAGCAUUCACAUAGAGUAUCCUUGUUAUUCAGGUGUAUAUUAUAUUCAUUUAACAUUUGCUAUUAUUUGUUUAAUAUUUUAACUUAUUGUAAGUUUUUUAUUUAUGUUUUUUUUUAUUGAUCUUAAUCCUUCUUCUUAGCUGCCUUUUGCAUCUCCUUAAUCAUUAAUGCCUUUAUUGAAAUUUUUUAUUAAACUUAUUUUACCUUUUUAUGUUACUAUUGAUAUUGAUGGAUCUUAUUUUAAAUAAUUUAUUAUUAUUAUAAAUAUAAUUUAUUUAUUCAUUUUAUUAUAAAGAUAUAAAACACUAGCAUAUUAUAAUAAAAACGUUUAAUAAUUUGCCGUAUAUUGUGAAUGUUUACUAUUUUGGGUUACAUUUUGUUGUGUAUUAGUGAUUUAUUUAGACGAAGGGACAACUAAUGACAUUAGUUUUAUAUUUAUGAUAAUAGGAUACCCUUUUAUCGGACUUUUUUACAAUUAAAUAAUUUAUAAUAGAAAUUAUUUUUUAUUAAAAUAAAACGUUACUGAUUUUAAGAAAGAUUAAGAUGCAGAAAUGUAUAUUUUCAUAAUAAUUGAUUUAAUAAAGAAUAUAGAAAUAACAGAGAAAAGAAUUUUACUAGAAGGAAUUCUAAAAUUACAUUACAAAUAAUGUAAAAAAGAUAUUUGUCACUGCCGAUUACUUUUAAUAGAUGAAACUAAAAACGAUAAUAUGCCUUUAUUAUUAAAAACAUGGUAUUUAUUUGUCAAAUUUAUGAUUGAAGAUUGCUUAAAAGUAGAUUACAUUUACUUCAUUCUUUCAUUUAACAUGAAAAACUUAAAAAUAGAUUUAAAGCAUUGUAUGAAAGUAUGGUCUGUAAUGAUUUAAAACCAAGUAUGUAAGAAAAAUUCGCUUUAUUUAGAUUUAAUACAUAAGUUGAAAAUGAAAUAAAGAAUAUAGAUAAAAAAGAAGGAGAUAGUAUAAAUAUAGAUGUAAAUAAAAUAGUUAUGUUUUAGAAAAAAUUUUUCUAAUUUCAAAUAUUUGUUAAGGCAAGUAUUUUAUUACAUUUAGAUUUUUGGAAAUAAUUAUAAGAUGAAAAUCCAUAAAUUUCAAAAAUUACAGGAUAUUAAAUAAAAUCAUCUGUAGAUAAAGUUACUAAAUUAUUUAAAGAGUUAAGGGCAAUAUAUCCAAAUCAUAUAAAAUCCUAAGAAAUAUAUGGAAACUUUCUAAAAGAUAUAGCAAAUGAUUAAGCUGAAGGUGAAAAGAUUCUAGAUUCAGUAAAAUAUACAAGAAAUUCAUACAGUAUGUCAAGAACUUUUCAAGACUCCAAUAAACUUAAAUAUGGCGAAAAUUCUAAUGCAGCAAUUAUUACUAUUUCAGGAAAUUAUAAUUAAAUGGGAAUAGUAACAAAUGUAAAUAAUGAAAUUACAAGAAUAUUAGGAUGGACUAAAUAAGAAAUUCUAUAAUAAAAUAUAUCUAAGUUAAUGCCUUAAGUAUAUGCCGAAAUACACAAUUCUUUUAUAUUUAAUUAUUUAGAAACUUCACAAUAAAAAUUUAUUGGAUUAGAAAGAACAAUAUUAGCUAAAAAUAAAAAUUAAUAUUUAGUACCAUGUUCUUUAGUUAUAAAAAUACUUCCUAAUUUAUUAGAAGGAAUUACUAUUGUUGGAUUUUUAAAAGAUAUGUAAUAAUAAAAUUAAUCUGUAGUUAGAAGUACUUUUAAUUAAAAUAUAGAUGAAAAUUUUCAUUACUUAAUAUAUAGAACUGAUACUUACACUCUUUAAGGAAUUACAUAAUCUUGUUAUUAAUCAUUAGGGAUAUCAGCAUCUUUAAUGUAUGGAAAUAGUUAAAAUAAUACUGAAUUUGCAAUAGAUACAAUAUGCCCAGAAUUAAAAAAUCCAGAAAUAGGCGAAUUAUUAAAAAAUCCAAAAGGUUUAAUUCUAAAUUUUGAUACAUCGUUAGUUUAAUAAAAAAUUUUAAUUGAUUAAGAUGAUUCAGAAGAAGAAAAUUUUGAAGAUAGUUAAUACGUUCAUAUAUCAUCAUAAUAAUAUGAAAAUUAAAAUAUUAUCAAAAUAAAAAAACAAAAUAUAAAAGAAUAAAAGUUAGAAUGAAUAUAGUCAAACAUUAAAAAUUUGA